CUUACAACACUGUUUUACAUGCGGCAUCUCCUUAAUACAUUUUGAUAUUAAAAUUAAAUAAACAGGGCCAUGAGGGCUGUUAUACAAAGAGUUAAGGCCGCCAAGGUGACGGUGCUGGAUGAUCUGAUCUCCUCCAUCGGACCUGGUUUGUGUGUUCUGGUGGGAAUUAAGGCUAGCGACACCCUCACCGAUGUGGAUUAUCUGGUCCGGAAAAUUUUGGCCCUGCGUUUGUUUGAAGAAAAUGAAAAGAGAUGGCAAAAGUCCGUCAAAGACCUAAACCUGGAGAUUCUAUGUGUGUCCCAGUUUACAUUAUACCACCGACUCAAGGGUAAUAAACCAGAUUUCUCGGCAGCCAUGAAAGGUGAAGAGGCCCAGCAACUGUACAAUCAAUUCCUGGAACGCCUGGGUAAAUCCUACGACCCCAUCAAGAUAAAAGAUGGAAAAUUUGGAGCGUACAUGCAGGUGCAUAUAGAAAACGACGGACCCGUGACCAUAAAUUUGGAAUCUCCUGACCAAAAUCAGGGCGAUGAAGGAGUGGAAAAGUGAUUUGUACGAUUUAUAA